AUAAAUAAAAGAAAAGAAAAAACGGAUGGCGGAUACUCUCCGAAUAUCUCAUAACUCGAGCCGCGACAGCUACGUUCGAUGAAUAUCUGGUCCGUACGAGUCUCAGGCACCGCUAUAAAAGCCCCACACCAGAACAGAGCUCCAGCUGAUGGAGCUGCCUUCAAUUUCUCGCGCUCGGAAUCCCUCUCCUAUCCUCUGCUUCUCUUCAACUCCCACUUCCACGAGUUCCCGUUUCAUUUUCAAUUUCUCGGCGAGAAACAGGGGAAAUUUUCCGGAUGCCCGACGGUCCUGCAUCAGAGCUUCGGCGGAACGGAGCGGUGGCGAACGAAACGGAGAUCGGCGAGGAGGAGGAUUCUCCGGCCCCGCCAUGGAAGUCUCAACCUUCGAUCGGAGCUUCGGUGACACCGAAUUCCCCGUUUGGGAGAAGUUAGGAGCCGUUGUUCGGCUCAGCUAUGGCAUCGGGAUAUAUGUCGCCAUGGCGUUAGCGGGGAAGUUCAUAUGCUCGAUUACCGGCGUGGAUUACAUGGGAGGAUUCCAUCCGUCGUUGAAUGCUAUCUUGGAAGGGCUUGGAUAUGCCGCUCCUCCGAUCAUGGCCCUUCUUUUUAUAUUAGAUGAUGAGGUCGUGAAGCUGUCCCCUCAUGCCCGUGCCAUCAGAGAUGUCGAGGAUGAGGAGUUACGGAGCUUCUUCUAUGGAAUGUCGCCAUGGCAGUUUAUUCUCAUUGUUACGGCGAGUUCGGUUGGGGAGGAGCUCUUCUAUCGGGCUGCAGUUCAGGGGUCAUUGACUGACAUGUUCUUGAGAGGCACUGAAUUCAUGAAGGACGCGCAUGGAAUUGCGUCUCUGAGUGGCAUGCUGCCUCCAUUUGUCCCAUUUGCGCAAGCAUUUGCAGCUGUGAUCACGGCUGCCCUUACGGGAUCUCUAUAUUACGUGGCAGCCUCUCCAAAAGAUCCUACUUAUGUGGUUGCACCAGUCCUACGGUCACAAUGUGGCCGUGAAGAUCUCAAAAAGCUCUUUGCUGCGUGGUAUGAAAGAAGGCAGCUGAAGAAGAUCUAUUCCCCGCUUUUAGAAGGACUGUUGGCCCUGUACCUUGGCUUUGAAUGGAUUCAGACGGAUAAUAUUCUUGCGCCCAUGAUCACACAUGGUAUAUACUCUGCUGUUAUACUGGGGCAUGGCCUCUGGAAAAUUCACGAUCAUAGGCGUCGGCUCCGCCAGAGAAUUCAGCAGGUGAGGGUGGAGAGCAGAAAUUCAAAUAGACUGUAAAGCGGACCGGGCAGGUAUGUCAAUGAGGUAAUAUGAACGCUGGCGUGAACAACACUGCGGUAAGGCAACUUUAACUUGUCCAUGACGAAUGUACAGUCCCCUCAACUGAAGGCGAGUAUAAUCUUAGGAGUCAUUUCGCAUGUAGAAAACAAAUAAAAGCCAAUGUAUUCGGAGAGGUAUACUGUAUAUGAAUGGUUGUACUAGUUCUAGAUAGAAAUGUAGGCCUGUAAACUAGUUGUGAAUGAGUACAGCUUUUCUCCUGCCCACAAAGCUCAUGGGCCCGUUGAGCCGCUCUCUACGCAGAUGGAACUGUGGAUGCGGAAUCUUCUUGUCCCAAUCAAGUGAAGAUGAAUUAUAGGAUCCUUAUCCCCAAUAAAUGCAGUAUACUCGGGCUUUUGGUUUUGUUGAAAAGUCAAGGGGAUUUAAACUCCUUUUUGUUUUUUGGACGUGGAUGUAUUAAGUCCCCAAAAAAUCUCUCAGAUUGGAAGA